CUUUCACGUCUUCUCGUAUGUUCUAAUGAACGAGUUUAUUUAUUUAGUUGGCGUAUUAACCUUUCAUUGAUCAGUGCACCAAGACAAUCUCGAUAGUGAGCAGUUCCUGCUAGAAAAUAGUUGUUUUCAGUGCCAUAAUGCAUAAGCUACUUACGGAAGAUCAAAAGGCAAAACCAACUACGAUGAAGCGCAAGAACCGUUAGACCCCUUCGACGCCUUUUUGGAAGCUAUAUAACGCGUAGCUCCUCAACCACUUGUUCAUUGGCCGCGCGAUCGACGCUUCAACAUCCCGGAAUCCCGAACUUCGACGCUUCCCUUAAGGAUUGCAACUCAAUUCCCUAACAUGACUAUCGCUGGUGCUUUCAAUAUCCAAACUUUCUUUUCCGUAAGUGUGUUUGCGUUGAUUGUCAGCGCGCGGCCAGAUGGUUGGAUGGGAAUUAACCCUUUAAGAUCUGCAAUUAGGGACAGUCAACAACCGUCGCCGGACUUCCAUUUAAGCCAGGAAAUUGGAGAGCUCUUACUCUCUCCACCUAUAAGACCAAAAAGAGAUUAUGAGCAUCAUAUCGAAGAGUGCGUUCAUAUGAUAUCAGAAGAAGGCGUUUUCUAUCAUAAAGCGAAAACGACUCCAGACGGGUUAGCCUGUGGUAUUUACAUAUUUGGAGCCUCCAACCAAAAAGUGGAAAUACAUUUCAACUAUCUUAAUGUCCCUUGUGAAAAUGGAGGACUUAUUGCGGUCGUCGAUGGAUGGGAACUAAAUGGUGAACUUUUUCCCAGUCCAGAAGAUCACUCUAAAUCACUUAAAUCAAGAUUUAGCGAGUUCUGUGGGCAACGGAAAAUAAAGCAAACUUUUAUUAGUUCACAGAAUGUGGCAUUAAUACAAUAUCGUAUGCCAGCACGAGGAACGAGCUUCAGUUUUUCUGUCCGGUACAUCAAAAAUUUGAAUCCCUGCAACAUUCUGUUACAACUAGAUGAAACUUAUACCAUUCGAAAUUACGAUAGAAGAUCGAAUUGCAGUAUUAGUUCCUUGUUUCCAGCGGGUGUUAAGAUAUUGGAUAUCAAUGUAGGAAUUACACCCACUCGUGAAAGAGGCACACAGUUUGAAUUGGGCACUUUACACAAGGUUCGGUCUGAGUGUCAAAAGCGGGGACUGGAUGAUUAUGUGCAAAUAGGUGGAUCUCUUGGACUAGACAAUGGCAAUAUGAAACUUGCAGAUUCCGUAUGUGGUUUAAAUUCCCAACCAGCCAGAAGCGCGGAGUAUAUCGGAUGUGAGACGACAACUGUACGCUUAGUAUCAAGUGGGGCUUUUGACAACUCAGUAACAGUUUCUUUUACAAGGUUGACUGAAAACGAUAUUGACAUGUAUAUGAGCGUCAUUUGUAUUCCCGAAGAUCUGCCAACUGAAAGGAAAUAAGCAACAUUCUCAAAGACGAAACCAUGAAGACUAAAAAAAAAUAAUUUCAAAGAAUACAGUAUGUAGAUGAUAAUUUAUUUAUUUUGAACAGAAGAACGGUACGAAUUUUUGUUUUAAAUCUUUGAUUGCUUCACAUAAUGCAUAUAAACAGUAUAGAGUCAAAUGCCAGGUUAACUUCUGUAAUAUUUUAAAAUUGUUUGCUGUGGAAAUGGUUUGUUUAGCCGUGUAUAAUAAAACAUUUUCCUUAUUGCCACCUACACAUGAUUUUCAAGAUUGCUUAAAUUUGGUAUAAUAAUAGUUUAUCAUUUUUAUUAUCUUGUUUUGCGUUGAUUACUUACUUUUUUAUAAUUAUUAAAUCCAUAAAUGUAACUUGUACCAAUAGAUAGUGCAUGUACAAAUUAAUGCAAUUAUCAGUGAAAAUAAAUAUCAACCAGAAAA